AUGCAACUUCCUCCAUCCCAACCCCCGAUGAACGGGAUCAGCGCAAACAGCAUGCCCUCUACACCCGUUGCUGCAACCCCAGCCCAAGGAACGAUGGGACCUCCCUCGCGCCCGGUUGAUAAGACAACGGAUGCGGCGGAACUGACGGAUGUUUUGGCGUCUUCUGGCAUCGAUGUUCGAGAAGAGGAGGCUUUUCUCACGCGCAGUUUCUCAGGGUCGAAUGCGCAGGCGCAACCGCCCAACCGAGCUCCCGUGGCGCAGGGACAACAGCCUCCGCCGAUAAAUACCUCAUUCGCUUCCCAGGCAUCCACAACAGGGACUCUGUCUGCCUCCAGCAGCUUCGGCGAUCUGCCAUAUCCUAAGCCUGUGGUGCCUCAAGAUUCCCUAUCUUCCGGACCAGCUUCUCAAACGCCCACUCUCAGCAAUCCUCCGACUCGUGUGGACUCUGAGGCUGCGCGACGAUCACAAUACCAUCUUCAAGAGCCAUUCCUGUUCGCAAAGCUUCUUGAACAGAAGAUUCAAAAGCGUGGGUUUGACCUUGGAGUUCGGAUUCCCUCGGAAGGUCUUUUCCAUCCUGUGCCCGGGCGACAGGCACCGAUUGAAGUCACUGGUCCAGAUGGGUCGUCCAUCGUGCGAACAGGACAGACUAUCCUUAACCAGGAAGGUGCCCCUCUAGUUGAUAUCCUCAAUCUCCUGUCCCUCUCAUGUGAGGAGCGCUUGAGAGGUGUCAUCGACUAUUCAAGUAGCCUCGCGCGCAGUCGCAGGGCACAUUCCCAUGGAGUUGUGCCUGAUGAGUGGGUUGACGUUGCGCAGCCCUUGGGUCAAAUCACUGGAAAUACAGUCACUCCUUCUAAGCGACCCCAUUCGGAUGCUGAGAGAAUUCCGAAAAAGCCUGUAGCAGAAAAUUAUCGAGGCUUGAUGUCAAGAGAGGCUUCACAAGAAAACAAACGCGCUGCGAAGCGCACCAGGCGGAAUGCCAGUGCCAUCGUGGGCGAAAGUACGGGAAAUCGACCUGAGUCUAUCGACGUUCUGGGAUCUGCCCCUUCCACCCCGAUUGGGGAGAGGGCCCCCAGCUUGACCAGCCAGAAAUCGAUGACCAAGAAAGAAGCGAAGAAACUGAUGGACACAAAAGCCAACGAAGCACAGCAGCAUCAGCAGUCCGUGGAGACGGCACGGUUGGCUACCAACAGUAUGCUCUCCGGCCGAAUGUUCGGAACCAAAAAGUCCUACUCAUGGUUGAAACCCGGCGGCUCCUCCAGCGGAUUCUCCACGCCAUCGCGCCCCGCCCCCUCGACGCCGACUACUGGGCCUGAGAAGCCCAGUCGUGCUGGGGAGACCCCGGCCAAACAGACGAAACGGCGCCUUGGGACGUGGCGUGAAGAUCAGGAGAAGGGAGCGGGAAUUCAAGUCCGGGAUAUCUUAUUUGCUGUGGAAGCAGAUGGUCGAGCUAGUAAGCAUGUGCAAAAGGGCUACUCAAGAGACCCGAAGGAGGAUCGUGGAGUUUGA